CCGUUACCGAGUCUUUUUGGCCACUUUACGGCUCCGUCGUCACCUUGACAUCUGCGUACCUAAGAAAACAAAAUGGCUGUACCCAUGUUGACAUGUUUGAAAUCAGGGUUGCGGUUGUGUCCGCGGAUUUCUCAGAUCUGUAGAGCUCAAAAUAUUUCUCUGAGUGCAGCGUCCCAGGCUGGGAGCAAAUGGCGUAUCGAGAAUGGCUUUGCCAGAAGCGGCACAGAAUAUGGACCUUUGACAGACUUACCUGAUUGGUCGUAUGCUGAUGGCAGAGCAGCACCCCUUCUCAAAGGACAGAUUCGAAGAAAGCAGGAGAUGGAAGAAUUAGCACGGAGAGUUGUGAUGUUGAGUUCAGAAGUGGACCGUGGAAUGGAGAGAUGGAGAAAGACGCAGGAAGAAAAGAAGAAAAAAGAAGGGAAGAAUCUGUCGCUCCUUUUAAAAUCCAAAGGUGACCGACUGCUUAAAAAAUAAACUGGAGCCCUUGUCAGCUUGCCUUCCCCUUAUUGUAUUAAACAUUGAGUCUGCACGUGUGCAGCCAGAGUGAUCAAAUGCAGUCUGCACACAUUUCAAUCCUCUUGUGUCUUCAGGAAAGUUGCAGCAGUCAAGUUAAAAAGCCAUGCUGAUCAGUGACCUAGGAUUCUCCAGACAAACACCAUCAAAUGAUAAUUCAGAAUGUUUGAUCUCAUUACUAGGAUUCAGUGCGACUGUUCCUUUUUCACAUGCAUAUUGUAAUAAAAACACAUUUUUCUUUUGGUA